CUUCUCUCUCUCUUUUCUUUUUUUUGUAUGCCCUAUAGUUUCUAUUAAAUGAGUGAUAACGAACGUUCUGGGCCAACCGGUGAUGAUGAGCUUUCUCUUCCUAAAGCUACUGUGCAAAAGUUAAUCAAUGAAAUGAUGCCGGACGAUAUUAUUUGUUCUAAAGACACACGCGAUCUGUUGAUAGAUUGUUGCGUCGAGUUUAUUCACCUAAUUGCUUCUGAGGCAAACGAGAUUUGUGAAAAGGAGACUAAAAAGACGAUUGCAGGUGAGCACGUUGUUGCUGCGUUAAAGACACUUGGCUUUGAAGAGUAUGUAGAGGAAGUGGACGAUGUAUUCCAAGAACAUAAGAAACAACAAAAGGACCGAGAUAAGAAGAGCACCCGAUUAGAAAAUACUGGUAUUUCAGAAGAAGAAUUACUACGACAACAAGAAUUACUCUUUGCUCAAUCGCGUAUCAAGUUUGAGGCACAACAACAAUAAAUCCUUUACUUCUUUUCUGUGUACAGUUUUUUUUUUUUAUUCCUCCUCCUUCCCACUCACACAAACACACCACUUUUCAUUCCACCGUAUAUAUAAAUAAUAUAAUCCACAUUUCAAAAAACACAAAUUCUUAAUUCAAAAU